AUGUACGUGCAGAUCGAGAAAUUCCCCCUCUUCCACCACGACAUCCUACCAACUCAAACGCCUUCGUGGACAGAGAGUAGGGAACGACGGCCGCGCCGCCUUCCUGCCAUGUUCUCGGCUGCCAUCCGGCGCGUGAACGCCAUCAAAGCUCGAGUUCCACUGUUGAAUCAGAUCCAUCUGAACUUCAUCUUCCUGCAUUAUUCCUAUAUCAUUUGCUCGGCCUUCAUCGGUUCCAUUAUUGUCUAUCCCGCCGGCAACAUCGCCUAUAUCGAUGCGCUCUUUCUGUCCGCAGGUGCCGCUACCCAGAGUGGACUUAACACCGUCAACUUGAACGAGCUGCUCCUUUACCAGCAAAUCACUUUUUACCUUGUCACGUGUCUGUGCACGCCGAUCUUCAUCCAUUCGGCCGUCGUGUUUAUUCGAUUAUACUGGUUCGAAAAACGUUUCCAGCAUGUGGUGCGCGAUGCCCGAACCCUCCGUCGCACACGGUCUCGCAUGGAGACGGUGAGCGAGGACAAGGGGGUACAGGACCUGAACCGCGCCGAAUUGGGAGUCGGCGGUCGCUCGAUCGUCGUCCUCCGUGACGGUGCCGGAAAUGCCAAGGAAGCCCGCAUGCCGAAUGGCUUCAACCACAAGGCCCCGGAUGAGGGCAAUUCAAGCUCUGGAUCGCCAAACGGGAAAGCAACCAGUGGCCAGUCGGACUCGGACGACCCGGAGUCCAUCACCCUGGAACGACGCUUCGGACUUGGUAGCUUGCGAGUGCCCACCCAGCUGAGCCCGGAACAUCACAUUGCCUUCUUGGAGAACCAACGCAAAAACAAAGGCGCAUUGCGGAUCCCCAGUCCACGCGAGUACGACCGCGGUGGCGUUCCCCAGGCGCUCGGCGAGACGAUCGAAGAGGCGGAGGGGGAGAAGCAAGCCGAGCCCCCAAGUCCUCAGUCUGAGGGCCACCACGAGUCUCGAAACUCAGUGGAUUCUGACCAGAUCGGUCCCCGUGACGGACCACACAUCACGAUCAACGAACCAGACAUUAUCCAUACCCGUACGCGCGGGAAUACCUUUCCUCGACUAGAUACGCGUCCCACCGUCCGCGAGACCAAUGAUGGGAAUGAGAAUGGGGGCGGGACCCUGGACCCGACUUUGACGCGCAAAAACACUAUUAUGGGCCUCUUCCGCUCUCUCACACAGGAGAGGGAACAGACGACUCAGCCUUAUCUCAGUUGGAAUGCGACAGUGGCUCGGAAUUCCAAUUUCGUUGAUCUGACUGAGGAACAGCGCGACGAGCUGGGUGGCAUCGAGUACCGCGCGCUCAAGACCCUAGCGGUCGUGCUAAUUUUUUACUACAUUGGUUUCCAUGUCAUCGGUGCAGUCAGCAUGAUCGGUUGGAUCAUGACCGAAAAUCACUGGGGCAAUGUCGUGCGGUCAGAUGGUGUCGGUCGCCCCUGGUGGGGGAUUUUCACGUCUGCUUCCGCUUUCAACGACUUGGGCUUUACGCUGACCCCGGACUCGAUGUAUUCGUUCGAGAGGGCCAUCUUCCCCCUGCUGAUGUUGGCAUUCCUGAUUAUCAUUGGUAACACGGGGUUCCCGUGUAUGCUUCGCUUUAUUAUCUGGGUCCUUUCCAAGAUAGUGCCUCACGGCACCGCUCUGUGGGAGGAGUUGAAGUUCCUCCUGGAUCAUCCUCGUCGGUGUUUCACUCUUCUGUUUCCCCGGAAUGCGACCUGGUGGCUGGUUGCCAUUCUGGUAGCGUUGAACGGGAUCGAUCUUAUUUUCUUCAUCAUUUUAGAUCUCAACGACCCCGCGGUCACUCAAUUCUCUCCCGGGGUACGAGUCGUGGAUGGCUUCUUCCAAGCAGCAGCCACCCGAACGGCUGGAUUCGGCAUCAUCAGCUUGUACGAACUUCAUCCCGCAAUCCAGGUCUCGUACCUGAUCAUGAUGUACAUAUCCGUCUUCCCAAUCGCCAUCUCCAUGCGCCGAACCAACGUUUAUGAAGAGAAGAGUCUCGGCGUCUACGCCAACGCCGGCGAAGAUGAGCAUGAUGACACAAGUCAGUCCACUCCCAACUAUAUUGGGAUGCACUUGCGCCGCCAGUUGAGUUUCGACUUAUGGUAUGUCUUCAUGGGACUGUUCAUCAUCGCCAUCGCAGAAGGCAGCCGGAUACAGAACGUGCGUGACUACGGCUUCCAGCUGUUCACCGUUUUGUUUGAGGUUGUCUCUGCUUACGGUACCGUGGGCUUGUCCUUCGGGUAUCCGAAUACCGAUCCUUCAUUCUCCGGCCAGUUCAAUGUGGUUUCCAAGCUGGUGAUCAUUGCCAUGCAGAUCCGCGGUCGCCACCGCGGUCUGCCCUACUCCCUGGAUCGCGCCGUCCUCCUCCCAUCCGAUGCGCUCAACCGCCACGAAACGGAAGAUGCUGAGCGUCGUAUACGCCGCCGUACCUCCAAUCUCAGCGGCGCAGGAUCUAUAGCGCGCCCACAAUCUCGCUCCUUCUCUCAAGCCCAACCCGACGGCGCCUUGUCCACGGGUUCGGAUACCCGUGACUGGAGCGCCGCGCCGCCCAACGGCGAUGCUCUCGUGCAUCGCCAGUCGACCGUCCGGUCAACUGGGUAA